CUCUGGGGCCGAGGGCGGGUGGGGCGCCGGCGCGCAUGCGUGGCGGCGGGCUAGUUUGAUUCUGGCGGCAGCGGCGACGUUGAAAUGGCGGCGGCGGCGCCUCGUCCCGGCAGUACAGAAGACAGUCUUCCAAAGGGCAUCACCCAACAGAACUCUUCUAAAGAAAAUCAGCCUGGCUUUGAAGAUAGAAAAAAUGUUGCAACAUUAGAAAAUGUGUGCAGUCAGGAGAAAACGGAGGCAGGAUGUGCUUCUGAGCCAGAUAACAUUAGAUUCAGCUGUGGUAUCCAGAGUGACCCAGGAGCCAGUCACACUCAGGUGUUAGCAGAAAUUGGCAAGAGAAAAUGCAAUCUAAGCCCCAGUCCAAACGAAGGGGAUGCCCACGGCCCCAGCCCUAAGAAAGGACCUCUGCAGAAUCUUGGUCCUGGAUCAGGACAGGCUUCUACUUCAUUUAACCAAUCCUUUGGCCAUCUCCCUAACCCACGAGUCAUGCGUCAUUCCUUGAAUCGCUACAGUUUGAAGCUGGGCACUAAUCGCCGGAAGUCUUUGCCUCCUCUUCACAUGGAUGUUUCUGAACUGAGUAAAGCAAUCAGCCUGGACUUGCCAGAGACAGACAGAAUGGUGGAACUUCUCCACUCCAGCUUCCGGUACUCUGCCCGGAAACUUGAGUGCUCAUUAAAGCAGACUGAAGGUUUUGAUCCUGAAACUUUUGAACAGAAAGUGAACCUACUUUCAGAAGAUCUGAACCACUGUACAAAGAAACUCAAACUAGAUGGAACUCUGCAAAAAUGCCUUGAGGACUCCCAGGGGGGCUUAGCAGAUCCAGUGCUGAAUUCCAUGGUGGCUGCCUUAAAGGAGACGACAGUCAGGUUCUCUGCAGAGGAUCAAGCCUGGGAGGAACUGCUUCUGUCUUACCAGAAAAAUGCAGAGGAUAUAUCCAGGCAGCUACAGGAGUACAAGUUGAAGCAAGUGCCAGAGGAGCCUUAUAGCUAUACUGGGGCAUCCCAGGCCCAUGUACUUCAAGCCAAGCCAGACUACCAGAAAAUACUGGAUUCUCAAGGAGAGGUCUUUGACUACAUGGAGCUAGUGCUGGAUGAAGUCCAUCAGAUGGUGAAGGCUUGUCAAAGUUAUAUAGAAGACGUUACACGGUAUCUUCAGAAGCUAUCAGUGCAACUUGCAUCAGGGACUUUCCAGAACUUAGAAAAUUCACCAGCCCGGAAACUGCUCAGACUUCCCCCAACAACCCCAUCUGUGAUCCAGCCUCCAGAGGGGUAGAGCUGCAUUCUUCUUUCAUUUGCAAGCUUGGGAUGCAACUCCGCAGCUGACCACUUCUCAGCACUAUGGCCGGCUUUGGGUUUGAUCUGCACUUCAGGGACGGUGGCAUUCUUGCCCUGCAGCGCAAAAGGAUGGGGCAGAUGAAAAUAAUGUUCUAUCCUAUUGGACAGAUCCUUGCUGGACAGUAAUACUUCCAUUUUUCCAACCAAAUAAGAAAAUGCUCCCCACCCCCAAUUGCAUUGAAGCACAGUACACUCAUCGUUCCACAAACUUAAAAGAAGAUGACAAUGGAUUUUCCAAUCACAAUCCUAACUGCAGCUGUAAAAUGGUACUGGCUUUUAUUUUCUCUUUUCUAACUCACAGGUUUGACCUGAUAGGUAAUAGGAGUCUAGCUUGAAACACUUGGUAAUGGCUGCAGAUCACAGCUUUGUGUGUGUGUGUGUGUGUG